AUGGGCAGGAACACCUUCUCGCCAUGCCACGUGCGAAGAAGAAGGGGUCUCAGACGCUUUCAGGAGUUUGAUUCGAGUGGUUCACUGCUGAUCCCCGUGUGUUUCGCUCUCGACAGCAUGUCUACAGCAUACAAAGACGAAGUAUUCACGUUAGGUGAAAAAGCGCAGGAGAACGCACUUACCUUUCUCAAAGCUAAUGGAUCCUCAGCGACUGCAGUGGGAACAGCACUCACAGCUCUUAGGAAGAUGCACAAACUCGGUAAACUCGACCAGAAGGUUGCUCUUUUUGACGAGCAGGAAGCCAGUGGCAACGUCGUCGAUCCAACUCCACCAUCAGCGAUCAAGUUCAUUGGCUUUCGUCAGACCUACUACCCUGACAACGCAUAA